AAUCUUCCAGAAAGCCUGCAAUGUCUUCAAGAACUUCAAGGCCAGGAAACUAUCUUUGAGUUAAAGUAUCUUGAGAUCAUGUUCAAUGUGGCUGAUGCAGGAACGCAUGUUGAUACCUGCGGUUCAGUCUGGAUAAUUAAGCCUGUAUAUCAAUCAUAUCUACUUAUUUAUAAAAGCCUGCAACGAGUCAUAUUAAACAAGAUUAAUAUUCAGGAAGCCUACAACGAAGUCUUGGAAAACCGAGGCCGUAUUCUAUCUAAUAAGGGUUCUCUGAAAUUAUCCAUGGAUAACAAACAAGAGCGGGCUCUUUUAUGCCUAUAUGCAAUGGGCAGGAUAACAGAUAUUGACUUGGCAGAGCACUUCCGCAAGGCCCUCCUCAGCCUUCCUGAUAAUCAUAGAGCUGAACUUAUUGACAAGCUUAAUAAAAGUAGAUUAGCAUAUGAGCAAGCUGUGAUUCUCUAUUACAUGCCCGCGCUGUUUGCAGAACUACUCCGGCACAACAAGCAGGCUUCUGAGAAAACGCAAAUA